AUGCCCCUGGGCAUGACACGCAGAAACAUGUGCAUGCUGCAUCUACAACUCUUAACUCUACAAGUGCACAACGGCCCUGAGCGUCUCUGCAGCUCCAGGAUGGCAGGAGCGUGCAGGAUUUCCAGGCGUUCACACAGCGAAGAGCCCAAACCCAGCACACUAGCCAGGUUGAGGAAAACGAGGCUCACUGCUAGGCUGCGGGCGCGGAGAGCACGCUGCUCUUUUGCCUCUAUUUCGCCGAGGGCGAAACCGACGCCAGCGGCCGCUAAAACGGCUCCCAAAGCCUCCCAACGGUCAUGGAGAACAGGAGAGGUGUCUGAGGGCUGGAAGAAAUCCAGUAUCACUCCAUCCUUCAAAAAGAGCAAGAAGCAGACCUAUGCAACUACAGGCCGUGACCCAGACGAUGGCGUGGAGUGCCCCCUCGCCAAAUUUGGUGAUGAUACAAAACUGAGGAUGGCUGAUACUAUGGAGGGCUGUUCUGCCAUCCAGAGAGAUAGCUGGGCAGAGAGGAUGGUUCGACAUGCUGGGCAUGACGUUCGACAAGAACAAGCUGAUAAAGAGUUUGUAUGGUCUUUGUGGAAACGUCUUCAAGUGUCAAAUCCAGAUAUUACACAAGCAGUCAGCUUAAUUGUGGAAAGAGAAAAGCAGAAAGCUGAAGUCAAGGACAGGAGGGUAUUAGAAAUUUUGCAAGUCAAAGACAGCCAAAUAGAAAGCUUGGAACAGAGACUCCUGGGACACCAGCAGGAGAUAAACAACUUAAAACAGAGAAAUAUUUUUUUAGAUGAGGAAAAUGUCCAUUUGAAGAAUGAAUGCAGUAACUUGAACCAGAAAUUUAAAGAUAAAAGCCAAGAACUUAAGGACACCGAGGAGUGUGCACAGAAGAAGGAAGAGCAAAAGAGGCUGGUUAUAAAAAACCUGGAGGAGGAAAAUAAGGGAUUAAAUACACGCUGUGCUGACCUGCUAAAUGACCUGGAGAAACUGAGGAAGCAGGAGGCACAGUGGAAAAUAGAAAUAUCUGGCACUGAUACCAAAAUAAAGAAUUUAGAAAACGAUUUAACAGAGACAAGAGAACAAAUGAGAGAGUUGCACAGUAAAUGCAGUAAGUUGUCAUCUCAGCUAGCUGUGAAGCAGGAAGAACUCUCCCAAAAGGAUUAUGAUAUGACGAGAGCAAGGAAGGAGUUACUGGAGCUGCAGAAUCUUUACAGACAAAACAUGGAGUAUACAGCACAGCAGGCUGAGAUGAUCCAGCAGCUUCAAACUCUCAAUACAGAUGCACAAAAAGCACUGAAAGAUCAGGAAGAUGCCCAUACAGCUGAAACAAUUUCAUAUCAGAAACUCUAUAAGGAAUUGACUUCAUGUUUUGAAACUGUUAAAACAAAUGAAAUCCAACUGCAGCAAAAGUAUGCCUCUCUUCAGGACCAGUUACUUGGAAGAGAUCGAAAGAUUUGUCAGCUGGAAGAGCAACUUCAGGAGACUCGUGAUGCACUGAGUGCAGUGAAUCAGAUUCCAAAAUAUGAAGAACAGGAACCACCUGUGAAACGUUCAAGGUCUCUGUCCCCAAAGAGCUCUUUUAGAGAGUCAGAGGAGACUCAAGAAACUGAUGAGCUAAGAGCAGCCCAUGAAAAACGCAAAGAGAGGCUGCAGAUGUUACAGACCAACUACAGAGCACUAAAAGAGCAAUUAAAGCAGUGGGAAGAGGGUGCUAGCAUGACUGAAAUCAGUAAAAGCAGACAUCAGCGUGCAGAACCCCAUCAGCUUUGUCAAGAGGAUUCUGAUGCUGUAUGGAAUGAGCUGGCUUAUUUCAGAAGGGAGCACAAAAAGCUACUGAUUGAAAAACUAAAUCUUGAAGAAGAAUUGGAUCAGAUGAAAGUACAGCACUCUAUGGAGCUACUUUCUAAAGUUGGUGAAGAUGAAGGGAUCAAGAACAGUACUCCAAAGAAAAAUGCAAAAGAGAUUUCGGAUCAGACAUUACAGAAGGUACAUCAACUAGAAAGAAGAUUCAGAAGUAUUGGAGGGGAAUUAAAGAAACUGAGAGAAGUAAAUAAAGAGUUGCUGAAGGACAAAAGUGAUUUGAAAGCAUCUUUGGAAGUGCAAAAAGAAAAUGCAGACCUCAGAGAAAGAGAACUGGAAAACCUGCGUAAGGGAAUUUGUGAAACAAAAAAAGACAAAGCAGAACUCCAGGUAGUGGUUGAUGAGCAGGAAAGAGAAGUUGUCUUUCUGAAGAGGCAAGUGGCGGAAGCCAACAGAUUGAGAAAUGAAAAUGAAGAUUUGCUGAGUCAAGUGCAGGAACUGAAGUGUUUGCUGGAUGAAGCCAAAGCACUGGCAACCUGUGGGCAAUGUAAUUGCAAAAUAACAGGCAGCAAGGUUAAAUUAAAAGCAGCCAGGAAAAAGAGCUCUUUGGGACAUCAUGGAGCUUUUCUCAAACAGUCCAUCAAGGUUAUGAGUAAUGUAUUUGAGAACUUCAGUAAGGACGACUGGGAGGAUAUGAGUGAAAGCAGUGACUCUGAAAUACCAACUUCUGAGUGUUUGGGAACAGUGAUUAUGGAAACCAUGGAAAAUAUUGAUUCACUGACAGACAGGACUAAACAACAGGAGAAAAAACAAAUAAAAGAAAGCCAGAUGCUUUGCAACAGGUCUUAUUUAAAAGGCAAAAGUCAGCGAUAUAAUAAAAAGGGUCAUUCACAAAAUAAGGACGAAGGAAACAGGCAUUCCAAAAGGAAGAAGAUCUACUAUCUCAUAACAGCUCAUCCAUCAGUUCUAAACAAAGUGAACAGAGAAAAAAGGAGAAAUACCAUAGUUCAGAGACCAGGCUACUCUGCUGCUCUGUUGCGGGAAAGAAUUAAGUCAUUGCAGCAGCAGGUAGCUGUUCUACAAAAUGAAAAAAAGACAGCAGUAUCUUCUUCAAAAGAACUUAAAGAAGCCAAUGAAAAACUAGCAGCCCAGCUACAUUUGGCUGAUCAAAGACUUCAAACUUGUAAACAGACCAUACAGACGUUGACCUCUGACUUGGCCAAGUGGCAACAAGAGAAGGAAGAUUUACAGGGAAAACUGAAGUUGAGAGAACAUCUGUCCCAAACUGCUAGCAAGAGUGAAGCAACAUCAGCUCUCUCAAAGAACAUUGAUUUAGAGAUGAAACAGCUGCAAUGCAAACUGAAGCAUUCGAAUAAUGAAAUUACUAAGCAAUCAACCAGCAUUAAGUCACUGAAAAAUGAAGUCCAGGAAAAAGAAGAACAGAUACAAGAACUACAAAUAAAGAUUUCUCGAAUGGAGAGGGACCUUAAUAUGAAAAGACAAUUGAUAGAAGACUUGAGAUCUCGGUUAAAGGCAAAUCAAGAAAAUGAGAAAACCUAUAAUGAAACAUUACAAACUCUUGAAAAAAAGGUAAAAGCAGUAACUGAAGACUGUUCAAAAAAAAAAACUUCGAUUGACUCAUUGAAACAAAGGCUUAAUGUAGCUACCAAAGAAAAGUCUCAAUAUGAGGAGUUGUAUCACAAGGCUAAGAACGAGUUAGAGAAAAAGCAUCUUAAACUCACCAAUUUAGAGAGCAAAAUGAUUGAGACUGAAUGUGCCAUGACUGCUCUCGAGACUACUGCGUCCCAACAGCUCCAUGGCUUGGCCAAGCAAAGUGGACAGGCUUUGGAGACUGUACAGAAGAGGUUGCUGCUCGCCAAUGACAAAGUGGAAGAGUUCACAGUGUUUGUGAAGGCUCUAACCAGAGAGUUACAGCACAGCAUACAAGAGCUGAGAACAAAAAUUAAAGAGGCAAAAAAAAUGGGAGAAGUGCAAAACUGCAAAAAAAGCCUUUCCCAAGAGUGUGUUCAGAGAGCCCAGUCCUUGGCAGCCUCCAUCCUUAAUGUUUCAAAAACUGAUCUUGAGGAGAUACUAGAAGUAGAAGAUGAUGAGGAAACAGCAAAAACUAAAAUGGAAUCUGAGAAAGAUAAAGAAUGGCUGCACUAUAUACAGAAGCUUCUUGAAGCACAGUUUCCUUUUGCAUCGUAUUUAAUGGAUGCUAUACAGGAAAAAUUAAUUGAGAAGAAGAAACUGGUAGAAGAGUACAGUUCCCUCGUGCGGCACGCUGCAUGAUUUGCUGAGACGUGUGAGAUUU